CCUCCUGCUGCCGACGCGGGAAGGAAGAGAGGCAACAGGCACACGCAGAAUGCAUGCACAAGGCCUAUCUGCUUUUCCCAUGGAUGACAAGCAUGAUGAGUGUGAUGACGGCGGGAGGAGAUCUGAGCAGAAUGGCACGUUGGCGAAUGAGAUGGCCUGCAGCCAUGAUGCCGGUGACGCCGAAGGAGGGAUGUGGGACGAGAUCUCUGACGAGGACCUGCGCACAUGUACCAAGGUGAGUCGAGUCACAGACGCUCACACCGACAGCAAUUGAGGGCGGACACGCAGACAUAACUGAUGAUAAUGAUACUAUGCCUCUCUCUUUAUCCAUCUAUCCAUCCAUCCAUCAGGUGUUGGAGGCCUUCUCUCGUCCUCCGCCCACCCCCUCCCCUGCGUCAGAUCCACCCCACUCACCCCACCACCGUCACACCCACCAGCAUGUGCAGCGUCGCCUCACUCACUGGCGCUUCAAGGGCCUGCGAGCGGCACUGGCGCCCAUGCUGCAGGAACACACUGCUGGACGGGUGCUCCCCAACCUCAAGAAGAUGGACGUCGAGGAGGUGAGCGAGCAGACCUCUCUGUAUUAAUGGCCAGCUGUGUGUGCGUUAUGUUGUCCGGCUCUUUUCAGCGUCGGCAGGCGGAGAAACGCGCCAAGCGUGAGCGACGGGCGGCAAAACUGCAGGCCGACCGGCACUUGAUCAACAGCGCGUCGCUGCGGUACGAGCGGCUGCAGAAGCUUCAUUCCCUCCAGCAGCAGCCCCUCACCGACACCGAGACCACCGCCCCUGCGCUGCCCCUCAUCCCCGAUGGCGUGGCCAGGGGCAGCAGCAGCAGCAAUGCGGUGAAUGGAGGGGCGACGAUGAUGAUGAUGUGUGACGUGACGGAGGGGGGCAAAGGCCAGGGGGGGCAGCAAGAGGAUCAGCAGGGGGAUGGAGGUGAGGAUGGUGGUGAGGCUGACGGCGAGUUGUACAGGCUGAGAGCGUGUUACAUCUGCAAGGCCAAAUUUUCGACAUUGCACCACUUCUACGAUAGGCUCUGUCCGGUGAGUGAGCUGCCUGCCUGCCUGCGCUCCAUUAUGUCUGUGCUGUGUGGUGGUCUGUGUUGUGUUCAGCCGUGUGCGUCGUUGAACUGGUCCAAGCGGCAUCAGGCGUGCGAUCUGACCGGCCGCACCUGUCUCGUCACCGGUGGACGGGUCAAAAUCGGCUUCCAGGUCAGUCAGGUCACAUGAGCAACUAAGUGGCUUCUGCAUCUCGUCAGUCAAGACACCAACACACCCAUCCCAUCCUGUGCUGUCCUGCUUGUUGUUCAGACCGCAUUAAAGCUGUUGUGUGCAGGCGCGUUUGUGAUAGUGACGACUCGGUUCCCCCACGAUGCGGCCCGGCGGUACAGUGCGGAGAGCGACGCGUGUGAAUGGCAGGGGAGGCUGCACAUCUACGGCCUGGACCUGCGGCAGCUGCCGCAUGUCGACGCAUUCUGUGAGUUCAUCAAACUGCGACACACCAGGUGUGUGGGGGGGAUGAGGGGUGAGAGGCGAGAGGUGAGAGGGAGAAGUGACCGACCAUACGAUAUGUGCGUGUGUUGGUUCCUUCCUGCGCUCAGAUUGGAUGUGCUGAUCAACAAUGCCUGUCAGACGGUGCGCCGGCCCGUGGCUUAUUACCGGCACAUGAUGGAGGGCGAGAGAGCUCACGUCAACGCACAGGAAACGCCCUCGCCCUUCACCAAGCUCCAGGCGGCCCUGGAGGACCACUGGUCCAGCUCCCUCCGUCCCCCCGCCGCAUCCCCAUCCACCCCCACAGCCACAGCCACAUCCACUGCCAUCGCUCGGCUGCCCGCAGACGGCCACCUGAGCGCCGCCACUGUCCCCGCCCCGCACCACGACAGCGCGGCUCUGUCGCAGGUGCCACUGACUAUGGAGGACUGGGAGGUGCGUCGGGGCGGUGGUGAGAUGGCGGUGCUGCCGGAGGGGAAGUAUGACGUCAACGCGCAGCAGGUGGACCUGCGCACCGUCAACAGCUGGUUACUUAAAAUCAAUGAGGUGAGAGAGGGAGAGGGAGGGGGGGAAGGGGAAGGGGAGGCGUGCUUGCUUGCUCGCCUGAUGUGUGUGUGUGUGUGUGUGUGUAGGUGGAGACCCCCGAGCUGAUGGAGGUGUUUGCCAUCAACGCGAUGGCGCCCUUCAUACUCAACGCCAAACUCAAGCCGCUCCUACUCAAAGCCACACCCCUGCACCCACAGACACACCAGCAGCAGCACACGGCACUCUCCCACCCAGCACCCCCACCUUCCUCCCUAUCAGCAGCCAUGCAAGCCGGCCAGCGGGGCGCGCUGCCCAACACCGAGGGCUUCAGACAGUACUACGGCGGCAGUGUCAGCGGUCGUGUGGACAACGAGGCGUACAUCGUGAAUGUGAGUGCGAUGGAGGGCAAGUUCCAUCGCUACAAGGGCGCCAACCACCCGCACACCAACAUGGCCAAGGCGGCCCUCAACAUGAUGACACGCACAGCGGCCAAGGAAUACGCCGACCAGGGCAUCUACAUGAACGCCGUGGUGCGGGGGCGGGGCGGGCGGGGGAGAGAGGAGAGGAGCACGGCGCGGGCAGCUGGAUCGGUGUCCGUGUGGUGUGUGUGGUGGGUGUGUUGUGUGUGGUUUAGGACACUGGGUGGAUCAACGACGAGAACCCUCUGCCGAAGGCCAAAGACAUCGCAGAUAAACACCACUUCCAGGCACGCAACGACACACACUCUACUGUUCAUUCUCUCGUGUGCGUUGCUGCACACGGUUGGGUGUGUAUGUGUGUGUGCAGACGCCGAUAGACGAGGUGGAUGCGGCUGCCCGCAUCCUGGACCCUGUGUGGGUGGGCCUCAUGACCGGCGACAGGGCGUACGGGCGGUUCUUCAAGGACUACUUCCCGAGCGAGUGGUGAUCAUGGCAAUGCAUUGGCAGGCAGUGCCUCCCCCCGUCUAUGAAGCGUUUUGGUGGUUUGGUUUGGUUUGGUUUGCAUGCCUUGCAGUGGUUGGUGCGUGCGGUGUGACCGUGUACAGUGAGUGCAGUGUGUGCUG